CACAUUGACUGAUCGUCUGCUGAACAUCAGCAUGAAGCUGCUUCCUCUGAUCUGUCUCAACACACUCUGCGCCACAGCCGGGGCCCUGCUGGUCCAGUCUCCUCCCUAUGUAUCUGUGACACCGGGGUCAACCGUUAGCCUCAGCUGUGACAUCACUCACAUGGGUAGGCAGUGCUCUGCUGUGGUGUGGCUGCAUGUCGGACAGGUGAGUGGUCUCAGUGUGAGCACUCAGUUUGUGUCUGCGGCUCAGACUGGGACUCUGUGUCGGCUUGAGCUCUCCAGCGCCACCCUGCAGGACACUGGCAGGUACUACUGUGUCUACAUCAACGGGCUCAUGCUAGUGACGGGAGACGGGACCACAGUGACUGUCACAGAGUCGGUGCUCCACAGUCCGGUGGUUGACCUCCUGGUUCCUUCAGACAAUGUCGACUCCUCCCUCUUCCCCAUCCCCUUGAUCUGUCUAGCGUCUGGACUGGAGGACACUGGUCGGGUCACAGUGGACUGGGAGGUGGACUGGGAAAAGGACGAGGCUGAGAUCAGGUCCAGAAUCCUCCCUCACAGUGAGGCAGGUGUCAUCGGCAUACAGGUUUAUGUUCCUGUAGAGACCUGGAGGGGCGGAGCUGAAGUCUCCUGUGUGCUGACUGAUGGAGAGCUGGAGAUCAGGAAGACUGUCAGCAGCAGGACAGGAAAAUCCAGUGACUGUGUGUUCCCGAUUGCCUUUGUGAGCACAGUGUGUGUCCUCCUGCUUAUCGUUACGGUGACGCUCAGCAUCCUGUUGUCAUGCCGACGGAGAGGACUCGAAAGAAAAUCAGACAAUCCGCCGGCGGUCAGUGACGAGGCCUCAGCAGAUCUUCAUUAUGCUGCUCUGAGAUUUGAAACUUCAGGCAGAAGAAACAUCAGCUGACACUGCAGUUCGUCUUCUGUGUGGGGACAAAUGGCUGUUAAUGUCUGAGGACUGGAGAUGACUUCACACUCAGAUCCUCCUCAUUCACCUGUAAUAUAUCGUAUAAAAUGUUUGUCAGCGAAUCUGUCAAAAACCUGAUCCCUGUGUUUGUAGUUUGUCGCAUUUUGUUAAUAUUUCAAAGACUGUUGUAUCUGUUCCAGUUUGUCUGCUGGUUUGGCUCCUUGUGAUUUGUGUGAACUGAAUUCAUUGUGAAUAAAAAUGUUGGUUUCCAGUAAA